AUGCUAUUGCCCAAUAUUGUCUUUCUGAACGACCCUAACCAUCUAGUCGACGUGGCUCGUGAAGCAGUCACGCUGGAUACAAAAGCUCCACCUGAUCUAUUUCUCAUUAUAGGAACGAGUUUGAACCCUCAGCUCCCGGGGCCUCAAAACCUUGUCAAGAAGGACACCGAAUCCGUUUACGAGGGAGGACACAAGGUCAUCUGCAUCAACAAGUCAUGUAUUUCGGGCUUAGAAGAGUGGAAUGAUUACUGGCUAGAAGAAGACCUGGAGAAGUUUGCCAAUGAAUACAGAGGGCCAGCGUCUUCGAAUUGUAACGACAGCCCUGCGCAAAAAAACAACCCGGCGCGACAGAAGACCCCAAGGGUAGGAAAGAUCUCGCUGGAAGCUUCUCAGCUAAACGAUGAAACACGGCGAAGGAUCUUGGUUAUUUGA